AUGGUGUUUUUCAGAAAUAGGUUAAGUAGUUAUGUCAUUUACCAUCAGGAGGAGAGACCGAAUAGAAGACAGUGUUUAAAGUUUCUGCAGCUGUUCCGCCUAUAUUCAAGGGUGAGCAAUGGCCACCAGGAGAUCCAGGUGCUGUGGCUUCCGGUGGCCGGUAUACUUUUUUCCGAUAUUGUGGGGCUUGUCGGCAACUGGCCACCUAUUAUACACCACAUCCUGAGAAACCGCCUUGUGGGUGAAGACGAUAAAUGGGAUGUAGUAUCCUGGAAUUACCUGAUCGGUGGCCAGGCACCCUUCGUUAGAAUUCUUUUUUUUGCGCUGUGCAAUGAUCGCUUGGCUCGAAUGCAGGCUUUUCUUAGAUUGCAACUCCUCUUCGUCGACUUGUGCAAUUAAACGGAUAGUCAAAAAUCUGGUGUGUCUUAUAUUAUGUGGUUCAGCCUUCUUAUAAUCUCUCCACCACAGCAAACCUGUUUCGAUCUACAGUUCAGAGUCCAGCCGAUUAGAAAUCACAUAUUAAGCAUGGAUCAAGAAUGCGGAUGCCCUUUUGUACUAGAAUUCUUUGUUUGCACACUGUUUAACUCUAUAAGCUAUGUUCAGCUUGUUAUAUCCAUUGACAGACACUCGUACAACUUAUAUUCACUAUCGAAUAAUGUGUUACAGGUGAACAAAAUUAAUGAAUAA